AUGGCCCGGGCCAAGACGACGCCCGCCGAGGCCGAGGGCUCCGGCCGCCCGCCGCCCCGGGCCGCCGACCGCACCCUCUCCUCCGGUUCCUUCCACGCCGGCGCCCCGAUCCCGACCCUCGCUUCGGCCCUGCGCCGCGCCCCGACACACCGCUACCAGACCUUCCCCACCAAGCCGCCCAAGGCGCCCGUCGACCGCCGCCGCCGCCGGUCCUCGGCCUCGACCUCGUCCGACUCCACCUCGUCGUCGUCGUCUUCGUCGCACGACCAGACGCCUCUCCCCGUGCGCCAGCUCCUCCUCCUCGCCCUCCUCUCCCUCUCGGAGCAAACCGCCCUCAACUCCAUCUCCCCUUACCUCCCCGGGAUGGUGUCGUCGAUGCCCGGCGUGCCCCCGGGCCAGGGCGGCCUAUACGUCGGCAUCCUCGCCAGCGCCUUUGCCCUCGCCCAGCUCUCCACCAACCUGCUCUGGGGCUGGGCCUCGGACCUCGUCGGCCGCAAGCCCGUCCUGCUCGCCGGCACCGCCUCCCUCGCCGCCUGCUUCGCCGCCUUUGGCCUGUGCCGCCGCUACUGGCACGUCGUCGUCGUCCACGUCGCCAUGGGCCUGCUCAACGGCAACGCCGCCUGCGUUCCUACGGUCCUUGGCGAGGUCACCGAUCGCUCAAACCAGAGCAAGGCCUUCACCUAUCUGCCCGUCAUCUACUCCCUUGGCGGCAUCACCGGCCCUGCUCUCGGCGGCCUCCUCGUCGGGCGCAUCUUCGGACCCCAGUACCCAUAUCUCGCCCCCAAUCUCUUCGCCGCCACCUUGCUGGCCCUCAGCGUCGUCGUCGUCGGCAUCUGGUUCCGCGAGACCCUCGACCAGAGCGGCGUCGGGCCCUGGAAGCCCCUCUGGAUCCGCCGACUCUCCUCCUGGCUCCGCCGCCCGGGCCGCCCCAAGCUCAACAGGAACUCGUGGAGUACGCGCUGGCCGCAGGGCCAUGCGGACCACCGACGGCCCCUGCUCUCGCCUCCGUCCCCCUCCUCGUCUGCUGACAACGACGACGACGACGAUCAAAACGACGUCGCCGCCGCCAUCAAUGUUGACGACGACGACGAGCUCGACAAAUCCGGCUCCGGCGGCCACAAGCCCGUCUGGAGAGACCUCCUCAACCACACCACCAUCACCUUGCUCGCCACCUACCUCGUCUUCCAGCUCUCCAACAUCAGCUUCAACAGCUUGUACCCCAUCUUCGCCGCCGCCCGGCCCCCCACGGGCCGCCAGCUCGGCCCCGGCAACAUCGGCGUCAGCCUCAGCCUCGCCGGCCUCGCCACCAUCAUCUUCCAGGCCUUUCUGUACCAGCCCCUCCAGGCCAAGAUGGGCAACCUUGGCACGUACCGGUUCGCGCUGCUCGGCAUCGCCGUCAGCAUGGUUCUGAUGCCCUGGGUCGGCUAUCUCGACGACGACCCGCCCCUCGGCAUCGGGACUGGCCGGCUGUGGCUGUACGUGGAGCUUGGACUUGUCCUCAUCCUCAAGAACAUUUGCGCCGUUGGCGGCUUGUCGAGCGUGAUGCUACUGAUCACAAACUCAGCCCCCUCCCACGCCAGCCUCGGUACUCUCAACGGCGUGGCUCAGACCCUUUCCGCCCUGGGCCGUAGCUUUGGGCCCUUUGUCUCGGGCGGCCUCUUUACUCUGUCCAUCAACGUCCGCCCCAAGGGUGAGGCCCUCGCCUGGAGCGUCUUUGGCGGCCUGGCCCUCGCCGGCUGGGUUGGCUCCAUGUUCAUCCGCGGCGUCGGCCUCGAGAGUGAGGACUGGGAGGGCGGCGACGAGGACUACGACCAGCCAGACCGCCGUAGUGGUUCCGUAUAG